AUGCUGGUUGGGGGAAAUUACCAGGAAUGGAGGGAGAAAAUUGAAAAUGCUCUGAUUGUUAUGGACAAUGAUCUUGCAAUUCGCAAAGAGAAACCUUCUCCUCUCAUGGAAUCAAGUAUGCAAGAUGACAAUUAUCGCUUUGAAGAAGAAAAGGUUCGCCAUGACGCCAGGCCUGUGGUGGUCUUCACAGAGGAGCUUGUUGAUGCCCUCACACACUUCUCUGUUUGUUCUGAGAGUCUUGGUUGUGUUUACAGCUCCAUCUUCAAGAGCAUCCAUGGAAAUAUGAUCAUAUGGUAUGGAGCUUGGAUGAAGAGGUCUGAUGAUCAAAAGAAGCUACUUCAUGAAACUCUUUUGUCCAAGUUGCAGCACAUAACUAGUAUGGCUAUCUUGCUGGAUAAUAGCUUCUUCAACGCAUAUGCCGGAGAAUCGAAGAACGGUUUUCCGGCGGCAAAAUUCUCUACCGGCGACACGAUUUUAGUGAACACAAUGGACCUGAGAUCAAAUGGGUUUGAUGAUAACCUCCCCUACUUAUGUUUAGCACUGUUCAAGUCUUAUUUCUUGAAGAUGGAAGGAUUAGCGGCUGGGGUUUGUUUUCAAUGUGAGGAUAGGCCAAGGGUUGCAUGUCUCUAUGUGUGGAAGUCACUCCAAGCUUGUUAUUCAUGGCUUCUCAAUUCUGAUUAUAGAAAUACUAUUCACCUCUACUUAGAGCCUUUCUCUCCUAAUAUCAAGUAUGAUAUAUUUAAAGUUGUUUAUGUUAAUAGUGAGGAUGAAUUGAAUUUAGGGUUAUUUCCUCCAAGAGUGCUGGAGAAUGGGGGAAUUGAUGAUGAGGAUCAGCAGAAGCAGGAGUUUGAGAAAGAGCUGUAUUAAAUUCUGUGAAGUAAACAAAGUUUAUGGCUUAAGUUACAUGAGCACUUCUGUCCCAAA